AUGUCAACCUCGUCCACCGACCUGACCUCAAUCGAGUCCAUCCCAACGCCGGAUCACUGCACGGCGGAUUUUUGUUUGAUUCCUAUGGGAACCGGCUCGCCCUCCGUCUCCGCCCAGAUCGCCGACGUCCAGCGUUUGGUCGAAAAAUCGGGACUGAAAUAUGUGAUGCACUCUGCGGGGACGACAUUAGAAGGACCAUGGGACAAAGUCCACCAGGUCAUCGGACAGGCUCAUACCAUCCUGCACCGGCAAGGGGUUGUGAGAAUUCAGACAGACAUCCGGAUGGGGUCGAGAACCGACAAGCACCAGUCAUUUGAAGAUAAAGUCGCUGCGGUGAAUAAGUUGUUGGGAAAGGAGUAG